CAGCUGGAUAACGAGGCCACUCUAGUGCUGUUAGAACGUAUUGCCAGAGCGACAAGUAUGUUGCAUCGUCAUCUUGAGAGGCCCGUUUGAAUGAAGGAAGCCUAAGAGUUUGGACACGGUAGAUAGUGAAGAGCUAAACUUGACUUGUUUCAUCAGUGAGGUUUAAAGUUAAGUCUUAAGUUGUCUGUACCAGACUGGGGUUGCCAAGCAAGGACUAUGCCAGUUUUUCUAGUAAAUGUAAAGUGGGGGAAGGAGAAGUUUGAUGGCAUUGAGCUGAACACUGAAGAAUCGCCAUCGUUGUUCAAAGCCCAGCUGUUUGCUUUGACUGGGGUUCAGCCUGAUAGACAAAAAGUCAUGCUAAAAGGUGGAACAUUAAAGGAUGACGAGUGGGGCAACAUCAAAUUAAAGAAUGGUAUGACCAUAUUAAUGAUUGGCUCAGCAGAUGCACUUCCUGAGGAACCUGUAACAAGACCUGUUUUUGUAGAAGAUAUGACCGAGGAGCAGUUGGCUUCAGCUCUGGAAUUGCCAUGUGGCCUUACAAACUUGGGGAAUACCUGUUACAUGAAUGCUACAGUUCAGUGCUUACGAUCAGUGCCAGAACUCAGAGAAGCUUUAAAGAAGUAUUCUGGCACCAUGAGAGCUUCAGGAGCUACGGCCUCAGCUCAGUACAUCACAGCAGCACUUAGGGAGCUGUAUGAAGCCAUGGAUAAAACCUCCACUAGUAUCCCACCUAUUAUACUGCUUCAGUUCCUGCAUUUGGCCUUCCCACAGUUUGCAGAAAAAGGAGAACAGGGACAGUAUAUUCAGCAGGAUGCCAAUGAGUGUUGGGUUGAGAUGAUGAAAGUACUACAGCAAAAACUUGAGCCACUUGAAUCUGAAGGCGACGUGCAGAUGGAUUCUGCAACAUCUGCUGCUUCUGUAAAAAAGAGUUUUAUUGAUCAAUUUUUUGGAAUAGAAUUUGAAACUUCUAUGAAGUGUAUUGAAGCAGAAGAAGAAGUAACAAAAGGAACAGAUAAUGCACUUCAGCUCAGCUGCUUUAUUAACCAGGAAGUGAAAUAUCUCUUUACUGGACUCAAGAUGCGUCUUCAAGAUGAAGUCACCAAAAUGUCUCCUACAUUGGAGAGGGAUGCUAUGUAUGUAAAGUCUUCUAAAAUACGACGUUUGCCAGCCUAUUUGACCGUUCAGAUGGUUCGAUUCUUUUACAAGGGAAAGGAAUCUGUAAAUGCCAAAGUACUGAAGGAUGUGAAGUUUCCUCUAAUGCUGGAUGUGUAUGAACUUUGUACAUCAGAACUUCAAGAAAAAAUGGUGCCAUACAGGUCAAAAUUUAAGAAAGCUGAAGAUAAAAAGGUUGCUGAUCUUCAAGAUAAUAAAAAACUUGUUAAACGAGAUGGAGCCAAGAAGGAAGUUAAAUAUGAGACAUUUUCUUUCCCAGAUGAUGUUGGAUCUAGCAACAAUGGUUAUUAUGAGCUACAAGCAGUACUAACGCAUCAAGGUCGGUCAAGUUCAUCAGGUCACUACUUAGCUUGGGUUAGAAAAAAUGAAGGUACAACUUAUAAAACUCCGUUAAAGACACUUGCAGAAAUUCUAUGCAUUCCAUUUGCAGAUUUGCAGGUGAGUGGAUCAAAUUUGACGAUGACAAAGUUACCGUGGUUACCCCUGAAGAUGUUUUGAAAUUAUCAGGAGGUGGAGACUGGCAUAUAGCAUAUGUUCUAUUGUAUGGGCCUCGCAGAGUUGAAAUAGAUGAAGAAGAAGAAGAAUCACAGCAACAGUAAAAUUACCAUUCAGACCUUGUUGGCUAUGGUGUGCAAUAAAUAUUCUUCAGAAAGUGUUUCAGCUAACUAGAACAUCUGUGAACAGCAGUGAUAUUACUGGAAAGCAUUCAUUUCAUGCACAAGAGGGGCAUUUACAUAUGGAAAAUGUUUUCUGCAGUCUGCACAUAACCCAUUAGAAUUUGAAUUGAAUGUAACCUUUUUGAAAUGAUGGGUUGCAGUAUGAUAUUACAAAAUGAAUCCAGUUAUAUGAGCUGGUGGAUAGAGCAAGUCAUUAGAAAAGUUUCUGCAUGAAAUGCUCUAUGGUAAUACUUGACAGUUGUCUCUUCCUUUCAGUAAAAUCCUCAUCUUUGUCUCAGAAUUGUUGAUUGUUCUUCAGAAAAUAUGACUGCAGUGGUGUUUAAAAGCACAUAAUGCUUCAUUAACGUUAUUGAGGGAGACUGGAAGCAACAGCUGUACUGGCACAUAAGUAAAUGCACUGGUACACCCAGGAGUAAUGCCAGGGGACAUUCUCUCUUCAGAACUUGAAGUACAUCGAGAAGAAGUCUAAAACCAUCCUGAGAGAUUACAUUAAGAUGUGCAUGUAUAACUGGAGGCAUGCUCUUAUAGUGAUGUGGCCUAAUUUAUAACCUUAUUCUGAAGCAGUCAGACUUGCCUGUUUUAUGUGCAGAGAUGCACAAUGAAAAAACUGGGAGAUAUUUUCUGUCAGAGCACAUCUGUAGCCAUUUUCUCAGUGUGUUACUUGUGCGUCUCUGAAUAUUCUUUCCACCUUCACUUCUCUUUCCUCCUUUGGUAGGUUUUAAUGCUUGGUAGUCCAUUGGACCCGCUCAUUGGUCAUCCUAUUUAUAUAAAUGAAAAUCUCUGGUGGCCUGCUAGACCCUCCCCCACUUCUUCAUAUUGUGAGCAUCAAUUCACUGUAAUUAAAACUCCCUGUCUACCCCUGUUCCCAGACUCAGCUACACCAAGUUUGAAUUUCACAGACGUUCUAUUCCUUUUUUCACCAUCCCUAGUGCAUUCAUUCACUCACUGACAGUUUGAAAUUGUGUAGUAGUCUUGUAUCCAUGCUCCAGCUUAGUUUGCGUCAAGCACACAGUUUAGUAGUGUCUGUUUUUUUAUGUAUAUACAACUACCCACUUCCUGGUUUUCAUUAUAUCUGUGUUUCUUUAAAGAAAAUUUUCUUGAAGUCUCAUGCCUCAUACUGUGUUGCAUCUAUCAUUCCAUUUAGUGUACGACUUUCCUGUUGGACCCUAUUCCAAAACUUCCUGUUUAAUUGAAUGUUUCUCAUGAUAUAGUACCCUCAGAGCAUUUACGAACAUCUUAAUUUAAAAAUAGUCAAUGGUCCACUGGUCCCAACAUUUACUUCCUGCAGGAACUAUUGCAUCUUUUACAGUGAAGACCAAGUGGCUGGCAUUGUACUGUUUGUAUCUUCAGAGCAGUUGCAAACUGAAUUAUAAAUGAGCAUCUGCAUUACAUUGACAGAGAUGACUGUUUACACUAAAAAGUUCUUCACAAAAUCAGAGUGGUCGUUUGCUAAACUACCAGACAGUUUCAGUUAAACUAAACUGAGUGAUUGGAUGAUCAGCAUAAGAUCUCGCUAGGCUAGUAAGAAGCUUAAAUAAGGAUGUUGAGGGUCUUUUUUGAAGAUACCAAGGAUAUUAACAUAUAUUUGCAUAUCUGGUAAAUACUGCUGUUUGGAAAAGGACAUAAGCUGGGGUGUACAGCAUUAGUCUAUAUAUAAGGUGUAUAUUCAUGCUCGUCCAGUUUUUCAAAUGUGGGCAUCAAUAAAAGACACAUCUGUGGUUACAGUGUGCUGCACUUCCGCAUCUGCAGGGGUUCACUUAUUCAUUUGACUGCACAGGGCAUCCAUGGCCACUUUUUAAAACAGAUUGCCCAGUGUACUGCUUUUCAGUUGCUCCAGUGCCAAGUGGCUGCACUUCUGCUUGCUUCUGACAUCCAAGCAAGUAACAGCAUUUUCCCCUGUAGAGCUAUUUUUUGAAAUAUGCAGCAUAAUUUGCUUCCUAGAAAACUGUCCCAGUUUCUUUAAAUUCUUGUUUCCCGGUUAAUGAGGCGUUACACUGAGGCGAGGCAUGUGUCUGCAGUUUUUAAAAAAUGAAAUAAAUGUUUGCUUGUUUCAGUUAGCUCUUUACACUUGGUCAGCUUUCUAACAAACCAGUUUAAGUACUGGGCAAGGUUUAAGCUUGAUUUUUAUCAGUUGGCAGUGAUACCUGAUGUCAUCAUACCAUCUGUUUUACUGUUCCUGUUUUUUAGGUAGGUACACAUAUAUGUAAAUAAAUAAAUAAAUAAAUAAAUGCAUUAUAGCAUUGGUGGAAACUA